CUCUCCUAUAUAAGCACGCGUAGAUCCGCGUGCGUGCAGAUCGGUCCCAGGUUCUGAUCCAAAAGUAGCAAAAACCCAUCGUCAUGUUUAAACUGGUGGUGAUUUCCGUGCUGGCGAGUAUCGCCUCUGUGCAAUGUGGAGCCAUUCUCACGCCUGUCCUCGGCAAGCUCGUUUCCGAAAAGGUUGUCGAAUCCCACGGCAACAACGUGGUGCACGCAUCGGCGCCUCUGGUCACCGCGUCUGCACCCGUGCUGAGAUACACGGAUGUGGCACUUGUACAGCAGCCACUCGCCGAGGUCGUGCAGCCCGUGGCGAAGGGUUCCUUGAUCGCGGAGAAGACGAUCGAGGCACACGGCCAUCAAGUGAUCCACAAUGCGCAUCCGGUAAUCACGGUGGCGAAGCCGUUGGCCGCCAUCCAGUCACACGUCGCGAUACCUACGCUCGCUGCCCGCGAAUUAGCGUAUACGGCCCCGAUCUACUAUCCGUACUCUCAUCAGCUGAUCGGCGAGAAGACCGUGUCCAAUUACGGAUACAGCAUUCAACAUCUCGCGUAAUCGAAAUUCUAAAGAGCACGCUUGAUUUAACGGAAUAAUUUGUCAUUUGAUAGCUCUUUCUUGGAUGCAGAAUCGUCCGCAUGAUUACGAUCCCCUAUCUGGGAAUAAUUUAUCACGUUAGAAUUAAAUUUCACUUGACAAAGGAAAAAUAUAUAUCAGUAAGCUUCGUGGCUUUGCGGUAGAGACGAAAACUGUCGGUCUCCGUCGUGCUCUUUAAUAGUUAAAGAAACAUUCUUGAUAUAUCGUCGGUGCUCGCAGUCGGAAAAUCGCUAGCGCUCAUCCGGAACUCUGUCAUCGCUCUCAAUCAAUUUCGCGGCGACGUUGUCCUCAUAGAUCAUUUCAGUGACUGUCCCAAGUUCAGGAACGUUCGCGCGACAAGCGUCGACAAACGGGUCGAAGUCGGCAGUCUUUAGCCUGGGAAAGAGGCCGGUCGGUCACGUUUGUUUUUACAUUAAGACGAAAAAUAUUGCGUUUGGCAUACUCGACUUGAAUGUAAAUUUCUUAAUAAAUUUUUCUGCAUUUUUA